UCUAAUCCAAGAAUCGUACUCCAAAACCGCCCUUCACGGCAAGGAAGGAAGAAACCACGCGCCUUCGCCGUCUCCUCCCCCCGAUGACGGUCUUUUAAACCCGAUCUCCGCUUCUAACCAUAGGAAUCCAUCGAUUCUUGGCAAGAUCUGGUCCAUUUCUCGCCGGAAAUCGUCGUUCUGUUCCUCAUUCUGUCCGAGUUUUAUGGACGCCGGAGAGGAGAUGGGAGCGUUCUGAGAGGGAUUUGAUGCGAGUUUCCUGAAAAAUUUAGGCGUAGGGAUGCGAAUAUCUAGGAGGACUUGGGCCGCUGAUCACAUAUGUUUCGGCGGGCGCGGCGCCUCAUCGGCCUGAAUCCGAAGAGCCCACCACCGAAAAGACUGCUUAAUGCCAGGCCUCCGACGUCGCAGCGGGGGACUACAAGAUUCACCCCUCCAGAUAUGCUGGAGACCGUACACGAGAUCGCCAUCUAUAUCCAUCGCUUCCACAAUCUUGAUCUCUUUCAACAAGGAUGGUAUCAGAUAAAGAUAAGUGUAAGAUGGGAAGGCAAUAACAGGCAAUCUCGUGGUACUCCGGCAAGAGUUGUACAAUAUGAAGCUCCUGAUGCAGCCCCGGAUGAUAUCUUUGGUGUUUGGAGGAUAGAUGAUGCUGAUCAUAGUUUCUCUACACAGCCCUUCCGAAUCAAAUAUGCUAGACAGGAUGUUCUUCUGUCUGUUAUGGUUUCUUUUAAUUUAACUAUAGGGAAAGAUGAGAGCCCAUCGAUGUCUGCAGUAAUGCUGAAAUUUGAGCUCAUGUAUGCUCCAAUAUUAGAAAAUAGCUCUGAGAUGCAGGCUUCUUUUGAUGCAGUUUCAGCUGCAGUCCAUGAGUUCAGGAUUCCUCCCAAAGCACUGCUGGGUUUGCAUUCAUAUUGUCCUGUUCAUUUUGAUGCUUUCCAUGCAGUGCUUGUUGACCUAAGCGUACAUGUUGUUUUUCUGAAAGCGGGUGCUUACACACAUGCACAGAAGGUAUCCAGUACUUCUCAAAUGGUGGAAAAUCAUGCUGAUGAACAUUAUGAAGAACCCGAUCAAAUAUUGGGUCAAGGAUGGAUCUCAAAAGCCAUUGAACUUGUCAAGCUAUUAUUAGCUUCCCGUGAAUUACUUCUUGAAGAACUCCAAAAAAUCAGCAAAGCAAUUGAUCAAACAAUCGAGGAUUUAAAUAAUGCUGAUUUGGAUCUUGGUAGAUUCGAGUCCAUUAGUUCUUCAACACCGGAUUCAUCUACUUCCAGUUUGGACAUUUCUGGAAUGAAGAUGGGUGUGGGGCAAUUGGUUGGCAUGUUACAUAAUAUUCUGGAGAAAAAAAAUGGUGUUAUUGAGUUUGGAAAUGAUGUCAUGCUCUACACCCUAUCUAAGGAAGAGCUGUUGGAUGUAUAUUUCACUGUGGGCAACCAGCUUUCCUUUAUAUGGAAUGCAUUUUUGAGGUUUCAUAGGAUAAAUAAGAUUAGGAUAAUUGAACAUCUGUUUGAUGCUUGGGCUUCUGAUCGCAAAGCAGAAUGGUCUAUAUGGAUGGUUCAUUCGAAAAUUGAAGUUCCUCACCGUUAUUUGAGAAGUGGAGAGGAUGAUUCUUCUCACCAUAAUGGGCUUGGAAAAGUUGGAACUCCGUGGAAAUACUGCGAGGAUUCCACUCAGAAUGCAAUGGCACGAGCUGAACUGCAUAGAAAAAGUAUUGGACAAAUGAAGAUUAACAGUCAGUCUAUUCAAGACAUGCAAAUAUUUGGUGAUCCUUCUCAUGUCCCUGUUGUUCUUGUAGAACAACAUAUCAUGAAUGUUCCACUGCAUGGUUCUGGCAACAAUUCACCUUCGUGCUUUCUGAAUCAGAAUGACACUGCAGCAAUACCUUCAGAGACUGGAGAAAAGAAAGCACCAAAAUUUGGUUUUGGUGCUAAAAAAAAUGGUCGCAUACUAAAAGUUGUUGUCUUUGUGCAUGGAUUUCAGGGACACCAUCUGGAUUUACGGCUUGUUCGGAAUCAGUGGCUUUUAAUAGAUCCUGGAGCCGAGUGUCUCAUGUCAGAGACUAAUGAACAAAAAACAUCUGGAGAUUUCAGAGAAAUGGGAAGCCGGUUGGCUGAAGAAGUGAUUGCAUUUAUUAGACGGAAAAUGGAUAAGCUUUCAAAGUAUGGAGGCUGCAAAGACAUUAAGCUUAGCUUUGUUGGGCAUUCCAUUGGAAACAUUAUUAUAAGAACUGCCUUAGCAGAGAACAUGAUGGCACCUUUUCUAAAAAACCUGCAUACUUACAUGUCGAUAUCUGGACCACACUUGGGAUAUUGGUACAGCUCAAAUUCUUUGUUCAAUUCUGGUUUGUGGCUACUAAAGAAACUCAAAGGAGCUCAGUGCAUUCAUCAGCUUACUUUCAGUGACGAACCAGAUCUCCAAAAUACCUUUUUUUACAAGCUCUGCAAGCAGAAGACAUUAGAGAAUUUCAAGAACAUUAUCCUAUUAUCUUCGCCACAGGAUGGUUAUGUUCCUCAUCAUUCAGCCAGAAUUGAGCAAUGCCAAGCAUCAUCUUGGGAUCACUCAAAGAAGGCGCAAGUCUUCAUGGAAAUGUUGAACAACUGCUUGGAUCAGAUUUGUGCUACCUCAUCCGAAAGGCGUGUAUUUAUGCGCUGUGAUGUGAACUUUGACCUAUCUACUCAGGGGAGAAACUUGAAUACCAUCAUCGGCCGGGCAGCACACAUUGAGUUUCUGGAGACUGAUAUAUUUGCAAAAUUCAUAAUGUGGUCCUAUCCGGAGCUCUUCCUCUGACUGUUACCCAAUUUUUUACAGGUUGAAGCUUCCCUCUUUUGCCUGCAGCACCUUUUCCAUAUUGACAUUAGGAGUAAUCCUUUAGUUGCUAAGAAUGAGGAGCAACAAAUUCCUUAGCUAUUUGCUAAAGGAGUUGGGGUUGGCCUGAUGCUGGAAUUGAACCAUUCAUGGAGAUAUGUUGUAAAUUUUGCAGUUGGGAAGCUUUUGAACAUGGAGAUCUGUAAUCAUUUGUUAGUUUUAAGAAAUAUAAUUAUAUUAUUGGUAUUUAUGAUUAAAUCUUUUCCAUGA